AUGGCUCCUCAAUCCAUCGAUAUCCCAGUGCUGCCUAUUCCAGGUGAACAACCUCAACCACCACAACAAAUCACUUUUGAACAACACCAACAACCAAAUCAACAAGAACAAUUACAACAACCACAACAACCACAAAAUGCCAAACCAGGUUCUAUAGAUUAUUAUUUCGAUCAAACUUUAACCACCAUGGGUAAUCAUCCAAUAUUGACCGGUGUUGGUGGGUUCUUCUUAGCAUAUUUUAUUGCUGGUCGUUUCAAAUCAAGUCAACCAGGUAUAGAUGGUAAAGCUUUUUAUAAAGGUGGAUUUGGUCCUAAAAUGAGUGCAAAAGAAGCUUUACAAAUCUUAAAUUUAAAAGAAACCACAUUAACAAAGAAAAAAUUAAAAGAAACCCAUAGAAGAAUUAUGUUGGCUAAUCAUCCAGAUAAAGGUGGUAGUCCAUUUGUUGCAACAAAAAUUAAUGAAGCUAAAGAUUUCUUAGAAAAAAGAGGUAUUCAAAAAUAG